GCUUUCAUCCAACACUAUCACUAUCUUCAAGCUCUCUUUCCCUCUUCCUCUCUCUUCUCUUCAUCACCAUGGACAACAUUGGUGAUGAGUACAAGCAUUACUGGGAAACCAACAUGUUCCUCCAAACUGAAGACCUCGACAGUUGGGGAUUGGGGGACCAGGCGUUUUCAGGCUACUAUGAUUCCAGCUCGCCUGAUGGAGCAGCUUCGUCGACGGCCUCUAAGAACAUUGUUUCAGAGAGGAACAGGAGGAAGAACCUCAAUGAGAGGCUCUUUGCUCUUAGGGCAGUGGUACCCAACAUUAGCAAGAUGGAUAAGGCUUCUAUAAUCAAAGACGCCAUUGACUACAUCCAAGAGCUUCAUGAUCAAGAAAGGAGAAUUCAAGCAGAGAUCAUGGAUUUGGAAUCUGGAAAAUCAAAGAAAAAUGUCAUGUGUAGUUCUGAUUUCGAACAAGAGCUUCCGGUCUUGUUGAGAUCAAAGAAGAAGAAAAUCGAGCAGCUGUAUGACUCUGGAGGAUCAAGAACUUCCUCCAUUGAAGUCCUUGAACUUAGGGUUACGUACAUGGGGGAUAAGACAGUGGUGGUGAGCCUGACAUGUAGUAAGAGAACAGACACAAUGGUGAAACUGUGCGAGGUCUUUGAAUCUCUGAAGCUCAAAAUCAUUACAGCGAAUGCCACUGCCUUUGCUGGGAGGGUACUGAAGACUGUCUUCAUUGAGGCAGACGAAGAAGACAAGGAUCAUUUGAAGGUUAAAAUUGAAACAGCUAUUGCAGCUCUGAAUGACCCGCAAAGCCCCAUGAGCAUAUAAUGAGAGAACUUCUUGAAGUCGAUUUCAUAAUUUGUUGGGUUUCUCCUUGGUAAAUGUUUUCUUGAAGAGCCUUUGCUUUGUUUUUUGUUAUGAGAAAAUCGACAUACUUUUGUUCAUGACUAAUGUUAAAGCCUUAAAGGGUUCUCAUAAAAAAGUUGCAUUUGAGUUAUGUAAUUAUGAAAAAAAGUCACAAAUAAUUUGUAAAUUAUAAAAAAAAAAGUCAAUCUUUUACAUCUCUUAAACUUUUACCCUCAAAGUUAAUUAUAUUUAAAAAUUUGGCACUAGUUUAAUCCGCUACAGUUUCGCACAGACACCAUAUGUCUCUUCCUAAUUCAUCAAUGUUAGAACUCCGACUUCAGACUCGGGCCAUUGAACAGAAGCUUGCCUUUCCCUACUAAGCCUCCAUCAAUCUCAAUGACUCUUCGUUUGCCGCACCACAACUUUUCAGCUCCAGAUUCUGCGAGGUCAGCUGCCACAAGCAUGGCGUCAGACCCAUCGGUGCUACAAAAGCAACUACUCCUCCGAUCUCCAACUCUAGAGGUCAUCUUCUCCGCCACCACAAUGCCACGAAACUAAACAUCGGCUUUUGGAAGAGCAAUUUUUAGGUGAUGAAGAGAUUAGAGAACCUAUGUCAACCCAUCCAUGGCCUUCAUCGCCAGGUACUCAAUUCGAUUCUUGGUGUGACAACAAGUGACAGUGAUCUUGGAGAAGAUGGGGGCGGUGUCAACAAUAAGCUGUAGAUUUCGGAACAAAUCACAUAGAAUCUAUUUCAAAUUCAGCUGCUUAUGAGAAUAUGGAUCUGUCUUCUAAAUCCAAUUUCGACUGCUCUGGGAAGGAUCAACCUUUGUACAUUCAUCAAUCAUCAUCUUCUUCCUACCUAAAAAGAUCGCUCUACUUCUGAAAGCUCCACAACAUAUCAUUUGUGACUGGUAGUCACACACAUAGUCACCACUAUUUAGUCACAAUAUGUCGCAAUUCAGGUGUGAAUAGUAGUGUAGUUGAUUAGUUAUCCGUGUAAUUGGUGGUGUAGUUGACACAUUUUUUUGUGUGACUUAUAAUGUGACUAGUAGUGUAGCUUACUAGUAUUUUUGUGUGCAACAUC